GCAAUGGCCGCCUCUCUGAGUUGCUACAUUGUGAGCUUCAUGCUUUUGCCAGUAUUGGCUUUGAAACCACGUAAAUUCGCCUUGCUGUGGUCGCUAGGAUCAAUACUGUUCUUGUUCUCAUUUGGUGUACUACAAGGCUUCACCAGUUAUUUCAGACACCUGUUUAGCUUUGACCGUAUGUGGUUUACCAUCAGCUUUACUCUGAGCAUCGUCUUCAGUUUGGUCGCCAGUAUCGUGCUGAAGAGUACUCUAUUGGCUUUGAUCAGUUGUAUCGUUCAGUUCAUCAGUAUGGUUUGGUAUACGGUGAGCUACUUCCCCAUGGGUAGACAAGGUCUGAGAUUAGCUUCCACUGUGGCUACCUCACAGGUCGAUUCCUGGUUAAAUGCUUAGAAUAUAUGUCUUUUUCUUUCUUCGUGAUCAUAU